AUGGCUUUGCAGAGGGUUGGGUUGAACUUGAUUUACUAUGUCUUUGAGUGCUUGGAAGCAUUGGAGAAUAUAACCCAGCGGACAGACUUCGGGAGUUACCUUGAUAAGGGCUCAUUGUGGUCUAAAUUCAAGACGACGUACCUUCCAAUACUGAACCUCGAUACUGAGGUCGCUUGGACGAUGGAAGGAAGGCACGACCCAUCUAGUCCGAGGACCAGGCCCAAGACCAACCCAUUUCCGUCCUUCCUAAUAUCUCGUCUCACGUUCGACAGAUCUACUGGCGUGCGUUCCACGUACUUCAUUGUGGAUAGUGCAAUCCCAAAAUCACCUAUCGAGGUCAGGGAACGGAAGGUCGAUGCCCCUGAACAACUCGGAAAGCAGGUCAAGGAGGGAGACUUGAAACUCGCAGUCAAUGCCCAAGAACCUCCCAGUCCACCGCCUAGAGAAGGUUCUGAUGAAGUAGGGGUCGACAAUCAACGAGCCCCAGCUUCUGGCAAUCAUCAAAUUGGAACGCCUGGACGCGAAGGCUUUCCGUCUGAAUGA